AUGUCAAGCAGUAGAAACACCCACUGGUGCUACAGAUGCAGGAGAACAGUUCAUUUGAGGGGGCGAGAUGCAGUUUGUCCGUACUGCAGUGGCGGAUUUGUCCAAGAACUGGAUGAAAUGGGUCAAGUCGGCCCUCUGGAUUACUUCGGACACGGUAGUGAUUUUGGUCACGACCAGAGUUCCGGACUCAUGGAUGCCUUUUUUGCCCUUAUGAGGCAAAGAAUAGAUGAACAGGAUCGUAGCCAUGAAAUGAGGCCUAGGUCAUCGGAUCCAGUUCCUGAACAUGGUCCUGGGUUCAGUCCCCUGCUCAUUUUCGGUGGCCAAAUCCCAGUUCGGCUAUCAGGGAAUGGCGGGUUGGACACGCUUUUCCCUGGAGCCCCAGGAAUCGAGGUCACGAGGGGCAACGGUGGUGAUUAUUUCAUCGGUCCCGGUCUCGAAGAAUUGUUCGAGCACCUCUCCACAAAUGUCAGGCGUGGGCCAGGGCCAGCACCAGCAGCUCGAUCAUCGAUCGAUGCAAUGCCUACAGUCAAGAUAACUCAAAGGCACCUUCGGGGGUCAGAUUCUCACUGUCCAGUGUGCAAGGAUCAGUUCGAACUUGGAUCCGAAGCAAGGCAAAUGCCUUGUAACCAUUUAUAUCACUCUGACUGCAUAGUUCCCUGGCUCGUACAGCAUAACUCGUGCCCUGUUUGCCGCCAGGAGCUUCCUUUGCAGGGUUCGAGUGGUGGCCACAGUCAUCCUGGCUCAUCAAGUUCAAGAAGUAGGACGAGUGGCAGAGAAGGAAGGAGGAGCCUUUUCUCUUCUUUCUGGCCAUUCCGCACUUCUCGUACCAGCUAUCACCUUAGCUAUGAAUGA